GUGUGAAGGAUAUAAACCACAAUUUUUAUCAAGAAGAAAGAAAAACACAGAAUCAGCCCUGAACAAUUGUUUUCCACUUCAAACUCCGAAAGACUAAAACCCUAAAAGACCAAUGAAACACAACUGGCCCUGGCCUGGGUACCACAAUUUGCCCCGCGAAAUCCCCACGUUUCCGCCUUUUUUAGAUAUCACUGCGAGACAAACACUUAAACAAUUCGGCUUUCCAUUAAAUACCCACCAAUACCAUAUUGCAUACUAUAAACUUUCAAUAAGAUUUUCUUUCUUUUAAAGUCUUUAUCAAUUCUUCCCUGGCUUAGUUUACCCUAAUAAUCCCACCAACGUGCGUCAAUUAGACCAACAUUUUCAGCCACCGGUACUAUCUUCCACGUGUGACAAAUUACCCCCUACUACUCCCAAAGCCACUAUGGCCUCAUCCUCCUCCGGUAAACACCCAAUGUAUCGUGGAAUCCGAUGCCGGAGCGGCAAAUGGGUGUCUGAAAUCCGUGAGCCACGUAAAACUACGCGUAUAUGGCUCGGUACGUAUGCAACCCCAGAAAUGGCCGCAGCUGCCUACGAUGUGGCUGCUCGAGCCCUAAAAGGCAGUGAAGCCGCCGUUAACUUCCCUGAAUCCGUUGCUUCGUAUGAGCUUCCUGCUUCUACAUCGUCAGCGGAUAUACGUAAAGCAGCUGCAGCUGCUGCUUCACUAAAGAAGGCUGAAACCAAAAGUGAGACUAAUCAAGGAACAGGUCAUCAUCAUCAGGCCAAAAAUGAAGAAAUGACGAAAGAAGAAGAAUAUGUGGACGAUGAUGUCUUUUUGAAUCUGCCUAAUUUGCUGAUGGACAUGGCCGAGGGACUGUUGGUAUCGCCUCCAAGAAUAAGCUCGGCGCCAUCCGAAGACUCGCCAGAGAAUUCUGAUGGAGAAAGGUUGUGGAGCUAUUAAUUGAUCAAUUUUCUAAUAAUGCUGCCAGAUAUCCUUUUUUUGAACGUGGGCUGGAAGAAGGACAAUGAGUUUGACAAAAUGAAGAAAACAAACUAGGACUUGGCGUCAUAUGAUGCAGCUUUGAGCAAAUUUGUCUGCCUUUGAAAAAAAAAAAAA